UUAUCGGCGGACGAAUGGAACAUCAAUAACCAAUUUCGUAAGACUAAUAUCGCGAAAAUUAGUUUCCUGAGGUCCCUUUUCCUUCGUGCUUCGUUCCUUACACUCUCUCACUCUCUUUCUCUCUCUCUCUCUCUCUCUCUGCCUCUCUCUCUCUAUCUAUAGCUUCGUUAAAAGGUCUAUGACCUACUCGCCGUUCAUGCUUUUCUUAAUGUCCAGCCAUCGAGCGAAAGCGAUCGUGAAUCUCCCUUUAUCGUCUCGCAAUACCCGUUUCCGGCCAUAUUUUCCUUUUUUUAUCGCGCACGCUCGCCGUCGCACCGAAGAAACGAUAAUAUACCUUUUAAUCCGUGUCACCCAGAUUUACCCGGUGAAAUAUCUACCUGGACGAGUUCGAAUUCCGCCUAAAUGCUUUCUGAACGAUCCUCCGAAAAUCGGUCAUUUCCACUUUCCUAUGUUCGCGUUGCUCUACACGCCGUCUCUCGUCGAAUCUUUUAUUUUUCGUCGACGAAUUCGCGACAACAACGGUCCUUCCUUUUCAUCUGGAUCGAAGACACGUAUCCGAAAAUUCUGACGAAAACGAUUCUUCGAAAGGCUACUAGUCGAUCGUGUUGAAAACUUUGCUGCGCGCUAUCAAACGCGUCGAUUAAUUAUUCACCUUGAUAACGUCGGACGAUGAUCUUCUCAGAACUUUGUACUCGCAGUCGGUAAAAGUACAUAGAUAUCUCUAGAUAAUUUUAUUUUCCUUCGAGUACCGCGCUUUGCCAGCAAUUUCUUCAAUUACACAGGGCUUCCACUUAAUUAUAAAUUAAUUGUUCGCCGAGUUAUGGCUCGAUUUUUACUCCUCUUUUCGACCUAAUUACCAGAAGGCCUUGAAGAGCUCCGAAACUCACCCGUUCUUUCCCUUCGUACACCGGUUUUUCUCCGUCGUUUUUGCCUUUCGUUCCGGUUUCCCACCCUUUCUUGCCCUCGCGGUAUCCAACUACCAUUUCGCCAGUGUAUCUCGAACUUCCCUUUAACGAGAAACCACUGUACCUUUCGUAACGUCACCUUUUUGCCCGGAAUCAUGGCGUUUCGAUGUUUCUUUUCACAGCGAGGAAAUUUCCAGGCCAACGAGGGUGCAUUCGACCAGUGAAUUUUCCGGUUUUCCCUUUGCGGCAAACGUCGAUAGGCGUGUAAGAAGUCUCUUUUUCUCCCUCUCUCUGUCUCUCUGUCUCUCUGUCUCUCUAUCUCCCCCUUUGCACGUGUUUCGUCGACCGCAUUAAUUAUUUUGUCGAAAUUUACAUUCGCCCCGGUGUAGUGGGUGAAUUUCGGUGGAGAAAAGGAGGGUAACACGGUAACCGUUGGCGUGUCGAAUUCACCAGCGCGAUAGACAAGCAAAGCGAUAGACAAAAGGUCGUGCUUAUCGAGCAAAUUUGAUCAAUCGGCAAUUUCACUCGGUCUAUCGGGGACGAUAUUUGACGCGAUUCCGUCUCGAUUUCUUUUUAUCGAUCCGGUAUAAAGGCUAUAAAACGAGAUGCUGGGAAUGUUAAAGUUGAUUUAUUAACGUUUGAUUUAUUUCCCAAUCGAUCGGAACGAAUGCAUUUACCCUGGCGAGGCAAGAUAGCUGGGCUCACCAACCUGCGCCGCGAUCAACCUUUUCAUUUCGUACCCUCCUCUGCUUUCUCCUCUCUCAUCCGCUUCUCCCAUUCCCCCUUUCCCUUUCGUCGUUUUUUUUUCUUAACAAGAAUUCCACCGUUUAAGUGCCAUAUUUUUCGUGCGAGCUGUAAGAGCGCCGGGUGUCUAUUAAUAAGCAUAUCAGACCGGUGGAAUCUCGCGAUAAAAGUGAUGUAUGUCGGUGGAAUAACGGAGCAUCGCGCCAAGAGCGGCUGAUACAAACCGCUCGCAACCGCGAACAAAUUUCCCACGAGUCGCUUUUUAACGGCCAUCGGAUGUCAAACGUCUCUUCCUUCGGUUACUCUUUUCCAACGCGCCACUAUUUCAACGUCACGGACGUAUUUAUUACGCAUCGUGGUAACGUUCGCGCGUCAUUUUUCUCCGACUCGUAGACUUUUGCUCAUUUUUCCAAGUAACGUAGCCGACGACGACGCGCCGCUUAUCGCGCAACGCAUACGCGUUCGUUCGGCGGUUCCACUUCGCUGAGAAACGUUCGCGCGAUAAAAAUUGAAGCAAACGCGCGCGAUCUCGGCGGAAGGAAGCGCCGUCGUUUAGAAAAACGGCCAGACAACCUGGUCAUAUGCGUAAAUGUCUAGAAUGUACGAACUUGUCGAAUGCAAAUUUGGCGACUUUUUCCAAAAAUGUUGAUGAAUACGGAAUCGCGAAGUUGCCGGUAGCUUGCGGCAACGGUAAUGGAAGAUCGGCGCGGUGGCGAAGCUGCAGUCGGAAACUCGGAAACGUUUCAUCAAGCAACCGAGAUCUCCUCUUACGGUGACCUAUCCAGCUACCAGCUGCUAUCUCCGCGUUCCUACUUGUAAUCUCGCCUCCUUUAUAUCUUCUUUGUUAUCAGCAGCCAGCGAAAGGAGGAAGAAUCGAACGUGGAUUUUGCGAACGAAACUUGACUGAGAGACCUCCAUACGUAACAUCGUCGGGCUACUUCGUACACGUCGUGGUUUCUCUCUUUUCGUUCCUUCUUCGUCGUUCGAACGAUAGAGAUUCUCUUGUCGACGAGAAUCGAACAGCUGAGCCUUCAGGGAUUAAAAUUUAAUUUGCUUGUACGCGUCGUACGCUUGUGGCUUCGUCUCUGUGGAAAGUUGGUGGCGCGGAUUCGACGAUUAAAAAGAUUCGUUUGGGAAAGUAUGGCUCGCGUAGUUGGAGCGAUCGGUAUCGAGCUAAAGUUCGCGACGAAUCGGAGGAUUAGGAGGAUCGUGAAGUUUCCGCUUAUACGUCGAUCAAAAUUCGUGCGACAUGUACUGACAAAGAACACGACCAAUACUUUUAGGAGCUUCGUAUCACGUUCGGCGAACCGUCAAACAAAAUUCUUCCGUGGUGAACAAAGGGAACGUUCCAAGUUUCCAGAGCCAACGACCUUCCUCCACAAAUUCGUAACGUCGUAAGUUUCGAGGUUAUGCGAUGCAAAGUGAAGCCGACGAAAUUUCGUAAGUUCGUAAACGGGCUUGUGGUAAAUCGCACAGAAAUCGCCGUGUUCGCGUUUGAGAAAAGAUUGGCGCAACCCGAAUUUUCCGCCGGUUGUUUCAUAAUCGCGCCACCGCGAAGAUUGGCCGAGUCUGUCGAAGAACCUUUUGUCGUUCGGCUUCCCAUUUCUGCCAGAUCUCGCUCUUCGUCUCGAUGAAGUAUCGGAAGCAGGAGACUCGAAUCGAAAACUGAGAGCAACGAUGAAGAGAGGAACGAGGUGUGUCGCGCAGACCAUCAACUUGUCCAAUCCGGAGACAUGCGUAAGACCAAAGAGGAUUCAGAAGCUCGUUCAUGCAGACAUGAUGCAGCCUUGUCCGAGCAUAGUGGCUGGAGGCUCGUCUUAUUGGACUCCGAGACCGGUGCCCAUUAAAAUCUGCACGCGGAAAGACAUGCAAAGAACUUGUCCGCCAAAGCUCUGCGAGUGUCCGCAGAAGACAUCGCCAAAGACGUCGGGUUACAGAUUCUGUAACAUUCUGCUCUUCCUCGUGAAAAGUAGCAUCGCGGCUGGUCUCGUUUAUUGGACGCAUACCGAGGGCUUGUGGGGUAGCAGCGCCGACGUCGAGGACCUGUAUCGCAGGAUAAUGGCCACGAUCGCUCCCACUUUGGACGACAGAGAAGUAGUAACGCACGACGAUAACAACGUUAAUUUCUGCUUUUUCUCGAUCCAUGGAAAUUGUUACGUUUUCACAGAUCGAAUUGCCUCGCAUAAACGAUUUCAAGAACACGAUGAUACAGAAGUACAACUACGCCUUGUUUACCAUAAUGAACUGUAUCGUGAGCGCGUCGACGAUGCUGCGCAAGCAGCUUCAACGUAUGUUGGUCGACGUCGAACCAGCCAAGGUCGAGCCAUCCAACGUCGAAUCUUCCGACGAUACGACGGAUACCGAAGAGGAAAGUUAACACUCGCGCCAUUGUUAAAUCAUACAAGGCAAAUCCCUUGUGUAGUGUUGUUUGCCCUCGUCUCGUCAGUUUAAGAAGUGCUAAUGCACGAAUAAAUUCGUAAAACACUGGCUCUGCUCUAUCAUGGAGAAUACGACUACUUGCGUCAAGAGGUGACUGCGACAACGGUGUUCAAGAUGUUCACGCUGGUUUCGUCGAGGACGUUGGCAAAGAUGUUCUCGAGAUGUUGCUUCACGGUACGUACAUAGAGAUUCACGUAAGCACGCGAAAUACGAUACAAGGACAGAUUAAAAUUCCGUUCAGCUUGCUUCCAUUUUUUCUCGGGACACCAGAGGGUACGCCAGGGAUUUCUCACGGUAGUUGCAUUUUAAGCGAUUUUUAUGGUACCUCUUGCUAUCGUUGUAAAAUUUCAGGUUUCUUUCCAGCCGGUAUUUUACCCGGCGCGAAUUUAUUCUCGCGACAGAACUAAGAAUUCUAUGGGUUUGAACGCGUGGCGCGAAUAACAUUGAAAAAUACCUCGGAAACGAACUCUUAAUCGAAGAAGGAUCAGCCGCGAAUCGGCAAAUUCGAUCUCGUCCACCCCUUCGUGCAAUCCCCGAUUUUCAAGUUCAAUUUUUCUUUCCGCUCCCUCUUUUAUAAAUUUCGGAUUAUGCUAAAUGAGGCUUUAACGGUCUCCGGAGAUCAUUUGGCAUCGUUCGAUCGGCUGAAUUUGUUCGCGAACCGAGGGGAUCCGCGUCUCCCAUCUCCUUUCAUUGAAUCGACAAUCUCGAUCGAGAAUUCUCUUCAACGAAGAGAAGUAUGCUUCGUUAAUUCGGAAAUGUAGCUCCCUACGAAAAGCGGAUAUAUUCUAUCUAUGUGUGCAGCGAUCGCUGUUUAAACGGUCGCUUUCGUU